UAAUCCUGAAAUAUGAGCACAAGAGCUGUCAGUUUGCAAGUGGUGGUCAAAAUCGUCAGGGCUUUUCUGCAGGCUGAUUGCCACAAAAAGAGACAUUCUGGGGGCCUUGAUGAACCAAAACCUGAAUCCUCAGCCAGGAGGACAGUGAGCAGCUGCAGGACCAGGGCAGCAGGCAUCGUGUGCUGUGUGACAAGAAGCAGCUCCAAGGUGUGCCCCUGCAGCCCAGUGUGCCCAGGUGUGGGAAGGGAUUGAUAAGAGCAGCAGCCCUGCCUAAAGGGCAUCGCCAGGGGUACUGGCCACUGGCACUGCUCUCACUGCAGAGAGGAAAAGAAAACCACAAACCUCCACAAACUGAGCUUGUUUGGAGGGGGACACCCUUGCUCAGUGCUGUGAGGGCACGCCUGGAUCCCAUGCCUUGCUUUGAGCCCCCAGUUUAGGAGAGAGGUGGGAAGACUGGAGUGGAGGGUGAGUGUUGGGCUGGGGGUGCCAGGCAGGUGAGGCAGGUACAGGAGGCAGAAAGGCUCCACUGCAGCUCUGCUCCAGGAGCCCCAGGGGAGAUGGAGCUCAACUUGCGCUAUAGCCGGCACUGGCCAGGGGGAGGGAGCAGGGCAGGCUGGGCUGGGCUGGGCUGACCUGGCACUGCCGUGGCGAUGCCAGCGCUGCCAUGGCAGCCUUGGAGUCCUGCCAGCUGCUGCACAAGGCUCUGGAAGGGAGCUGCAGUUAAGGCCACGCAGCAGCACCUCGGCUCUUGGGGGAGGUGUGAGCAAAGGUGAGUCCAGGUUUGGGGCACUGCAGCACUGCUGUGGGUGCUGCGUCCAGGCUGGAGCAGCAGAGCCAGGUAAAAAGCUCUCUCUGUGGUGCAGGUUGGCCAGCACUUGGAUCCAGGUGAUUAGAAGCCAUCUGUAGCACUUGGUGCUUGGCACAGCUGCUCAGAGGACCCUGUUCUGCAGAAGGAUGGCUGCAAAGAAAAAGGAGGUGGUGCUGCAGGGAGGCGAAUUAGUGGCUGUUGUAAGAGGAGCAGAUGCACCAUUGCUGCAGAAGACCAUCCUGAAACAGCUGGCAGGGGAAAGGAAGGGUUUCCAUGGAGCAGAGCCUGUGCUGGUGCCAGACAGAGCCUUCUCCAGAGAGCAGGGAAACACAGCUCCCCUUCAGGAGGAACAACGGGGAGGACUAACAGGCUGACGCACCCAUCGGGUCCGGGAUGACAACAGCAGUCGUAGAGCAGAUGUGAG